AUGUGCAAUCCCCCGACAGACCAGGAGGAUCAUGAAUCAUACAGUCUUCGAAUGACUGCGCAUUUGGUAGAAAGUUCAUCGGUUACCAGUUUCACAGCAACCCGUCUGAACCAAACCACUUUCCGUCUUGUAGAAGAUGACCGCCACAUUGAGCGACCUCUGAUUUACGUGAAACAAUACCCAACUGGGAUCGUCGUUAUCGACACUGGGUGCAAUAAUCCAAGAAAUGCAGGGCUACCUGUCACAAGCCUGCGGAAAUUUAUUGAGACCGUUCCUAUUGAACAAAAUGAGGGAAUGCCGUUGAAUCCCGACGGUCGCUUGCCUUACUAUAUUCUGAUCUCUCAUUGUCAUUACGACCACAUUGGAGGACUGGAAAGCUUCGAAGGCAGCUCCUAUCACAUCUACUGCAGUCAGAUUUUGUUGACUGAAAUAAUUGCAAACUCCCGACUAAACCACGAUUCACUUCGAGAAUCGUGCUCUUUACCGCCCUUGAAAAUUGAUCUGGAAAAAUUGACCGGUGUGCCAGACGGCCACUUUCUUGUUGAUGCAAAUGGCGUUGAACUAAAUCUCCAGCUACUACAUGCCCCUGGCCAUUCGCCUGAGCAUAUGGUGGUAUUGGAUCUUGAUGAGAGUACCAUAUUUUUAGGAGAUUCGGCGUAUGAGCAAAGUCCUCUGUUCUACGCAUAUGGCGGAGACUUGACUCUACACAUUCAAACUUUGGCCAGGUUAGAGGCUCUCCUUACAACUUACGAAAAGCCCGAGGGUGCUCGUAUUUGGACAGCAGCGUGUGGACAUUACAGCUCCGGACUCAACGCAGUCUCACUUUUAAAGCGAACGAAAGCCUUCAUUUUGGAUGUUAUAGAAGACAAAGUACCUUCCCAGAGUCGAGAGGCCAAUCCCUACCAAGCUGGAGGCAUCUUGGAGCUUUUCACCCGUGACGAAUUGGCGAUGGCGUGUCCAGAUCACCUUUUGCAAGAUGCAAAGAGUUCAUCAAAGGCUUUCCCCUCAUCUUGA